AUGUUCCCUCUUCCUCAGAGGGAAUCCACAGCACCGACUGCACCUUCAGGCUCAACCUCUUCUCGGGACAUGGACAGUGGCUAUGGUGAUGAUCUGCAAGGAGAAUGCCUCAGAAAGCCAGACUGGAAGCAGUCCAAACUCUAUGGAGUGGGUGACCCCAUGGCCAUGUUCUCCUCUGAUAGCUCCUGCCUGUCCUCUAGAGGAAGAGUCAUCAAAUGGUUCUGGGACUCAGCUGAGGAGGGCUACAGAACCUACCACAUGGAUGAGUUUGAUGAGGACAAGAACCCCAGUGGCAUCAUUAACUUGGGCACCAGUGAGAACAAACUCUGCUUUGACCUUCUGUCUAGGCGGCUGACACAGAGUGACAUGCUUCACAUGGAGCCAUCUCUGCUGCAGUACCCUGACUGGAGGGGACAUCUGUUCCUCCGGGAAGAAGUAGCAAGGUUCCUGUCUUUCUACUGUAAGAGCCCAGCACCCCUCAAACCAGAGAACGUGGUUGUUCUGAAUGGCUGUGCCUCUCUCUUUUCCGCUCUGGCCACAGUGCUGUGUGAGGCAGGAGAGGCUCUCUUGAUCCCCACCCCUUACUAUGGAGCCAUUACCCAGCACGUCUAUCUCUAUGGCAAUGUCCGACUGGCCUAUGUCUACUUGGACAGCAAGGUAACUGGACUGAACACACAUCCCUUCCAGCUCACAGUGGAGAAACUGGAGAUGGCCCUGGAAGGAGUGAAUUCUGAGGGUGUCAAGGUCAAAGGCCUCAUCCUCAUCAACCCCCAGAAUCCUCUGGGUGACAUCUACUCCCCUGAAGAGCUACAGGAGUUCCUGGGAUUUGCCAUGAGGCAUCAGCUGCAUGUGAUCAUGGAUGAAGUUUACAUGCUGUCUGUGUUCGAAGAGUCUCUUGGGUACCAAAGUGUCCUGAGCCUGGAAAGGCUACCUGACCCCCAGAGGACACACGUGAUGUGGGCCACCAGCAAGGACUUCGGGAUGUCUGGGCUCCGCUUUGGCAUACUGUACACAGAAAACCAGCAUGUGGCUACUGCCGUGGCCUCCCUCUGUCGCUAUCAUGGCCUCAGUGGCCUGGUCCAAUACCAGAUGGCACAGCUGCUCCGGGACCAUGACUGGAUCAGCCAGGUGUACCUGCCAGAAAACCAUGCCCGGCUCAAGGCUGCUCAUACCUAUGUCUCAGAUGAGCUCAGAGCCCUGGGGAUCCCCUUCGUGAGUCGAGGGGCAGGCUUCUUCAUCUGGGUUGACCUGAGAAAGUACCUUCGCCAAGGCACGUUUGAGGAGGAGGUGUUGCUCUGGCGCCGAUUUUUGGACAACAAGGUGCUGCUGUCCUUCGGUAAGGCCUUCGAGUGCAAAGAACCCGGCUGGUUCCGGAUCGUCUUUUCAGACAAGAAGAACCGGCUCUGCCUGGGGAUGCAAAGGGUGCGGCAGGUGCUUGAAGGGCAAUCUCAAGUGGUAGAAGAUGCCUCUCCUUGUCACACUCAGGAUCCAAGUACCCAGCCCAUAUGAGCAGGCCUCACAUGCAGCCACUGUCCACAUGGCCUGGACAUGUAGGGCCACAGA